AUGAAGAAAGCUUCACCCGUUCCCAGUCAGCAAACGCAAUAUUAUUUGCCACAUCACGGAGUGCUCAAACCAGACAGUGCAACUACGAAAUUACGUGUGGUAUUCAAUGGCUCGAGCGCAUCCACAUCUGGCCGCUCACUGAAUGAUAUCAUGCACACGGGAGCCAAGUUGCAUUUAGACGUCACCGACGUCUUGCUCUGGAUUCGACAAUUUCGACACCUAGUUGCCACGGACAUCACCAAGAUGUACAGACAGAUCAACGUGCAUGAAGAUGAUUGGAACUUACAACGGAUUCUCUGGCUCGACGAACUGCUCAAUGAAGUGGCCUAUUAUCUAACCACGGUCACGUAUGGAACCAAGGCUGCCCCGUUCUUGGUAGUACGAACGCUGCUGCAACUGGUGGAGGACGAAAGCCAUAAUUUUCCCCUUGCAGUGCCGUCCAUCCUUCAAGGUCGAUACGUCGACGACAGCUUUGGAGGCGCUGACACUGUCCAACAGUUAAUCAAAAUUGCAUUGCAGCUGAAGAACUUGUGCAUGGCGGGCUGUUUUCCCUUAGCCAAGUGGCACGCGACUCAUCCAGACGUGCUCACUACGGUUCAAGCAGAGAAAGACCAGGGCUCCCAAAUUACAUUUGACGAUUGCGCAACCAAGAUACUCGGAUUACGAUGGCUUCCUCAAGAAAAUUCAUUCGCAUUCGCAACAAGGAUCUCGUCGCAUACCGAUCAUCUCACCAAACGCCUCGUUUUGUCUGAAGUGGCUCAGAUAUUCGAUCCACUAGGCUUUGCAUCACCAAUCGUGAUCAAGGCGAAGAUGCUCUUGCAGGAGCUUUGGCUUCAUAAGCUCCAAUGGGAUGAACCACUGCCAUCCCAGCUCUCAUCACGGUGGCUCAUCAUCAGAAAGGAACUCACCAGCUUGCGCAAGAUCUCAAUACCUCGGUGGUAUAACACAUGGAGUACAUCGACAGUGGAAUUUCACGGCUUUUCUGAUGCUUCUCAACUGGCAAUGGCUGCAGUCGUAUUUAUCACCGUCCACGGCUCAAAUGGUACCACGAUUUCAUUGGUGUGCUCCAAAACAAAGGUAGCACCGCUCAAGCGGCUCACCAUCCCGAGACUUGAACUCACCGCAGCGCUGCUGCUCUCAAGACUCAUGCAAUACGUUCAAGCCACAUUGAAGUUGAACGUCACAGCAACUCACCUGUGGACGGACUCUGUUGUGACACUCACGUGGAUCAAAUCUCAUGCAUCGCGCUGGAAGGAUUUCGUGAGAAAUCGAGUUUCACAAAUCCAAGAGCUCACUGCGAACGCACAUUGGAAAUACGUACCAGGUACGUCCAACCCAGCCGACUGCGCAUCACGAGGAUUAAGUACUGCUCAACUCCAAAGCCACUCAUUAUGGUGGACGGGACCACCGUGGAUACUCACCCCUGAAGCUUGGCCAUCACAACCCACGCUGUCGGAGGAGUUGAGCACUCAUGAGGCUCGUCCUGGCAUUGCGCUACAUGCGGCCGCAUCUCAACCGGACUAUCACUGGGACCUGAUAUAUAGGUACUCAACACUCAACAAGUUAUUGAAAAUAACAGCUCUUUGUUUCAGAUUCAUAUCGCUUCUGGGAAAGCGCCGACGCAAGCCACUGGACUUGCACUCAGCUUUGGAGGAGGCCAGAUUCUUCUAG